ACAUUGCUUAUGGGAGUGACGCAGAUAGUACUAAUAGUCUUGGUUUUUCGAAAAAAAAAUUGUUGAAAAUUCCGUAAAUUUUUUGUUCAAAUACUAUUUUUAUCAGUUGACAUAAAAUUAAGAAUCGUUCAGACGAUUCCCGGUUUAAGCCGGGUUGGCGCAUCACCCAGGCCUCUAUGUUGCUCAUACUGGUCUAGUAGCUUGCUGGAUAGCUGAGUUGAUGUGUCGAUUGUAGCUAACGUUAGCUGGUGGGCUACAGAAUAGCAAAAGAAGAUAAAGAUGCCGCAGCCGAAGUCCCGCAAGAUCGCCAUCCUUGGAUAUAGAUCUGUGGGAAAGUCCUCUUUAACUAUCCAGUUUGUGGAAGGCCAGUUUGUUGACUCGUAUGAUCCCACCAUAGAAAACACGUUUACGAAAAUGAUCACCGUCAACGGGCAGGAGUACCACCUGCAGUUGGUAGACACGGCCGGCCAGGACGAAUACUCAAUCUUCCCUCAGACGUAUUCUAUAGACAUCAAUGGAUACAUCCUGGUUUAUUCAGUCACAUCCAACAAAAGUUUUGAAGUAGUAAAAGUUAUUCAUGAAAAGCUGUUGGAUAUGGUGGGAAAGGUUCAAGUGCCCAUUAUGUUGGUUGGGAAUAAAAAAGAUUUGCAUAUGGAACGGGUAAUCAGCAGUGAAGAAGGAAAGGCUUUAGCCGAGUCCUGGAACGCCGCCUUCAUGGAGUCCUCUGCUAAAGAAAACCAGACUGCUGUGGAGGUGUUUAAGAGGAUAAUCCUGGAGGCUGAAAAGAUGGACGGAGGGGCGCCGCAGGGCAGGCCACCAUGCUCGCUCAUGUAAUUCUGCCCAGUCGCCGCACUGGAUGCUGGGAUAUCCCUCUACUUGAAGGCUGACUGCCUGUUUUUCUCCUCCAUGUAAAUGUUUAUUUUAUUUUUAUUUUUUUACAUCACACUUUUGUUUUUUUUGUGCGUAUGUGUUUGUGUGUGUGUGUGAAUGUGUGUGUCUUUCAUAAGUGGGCAGUGAAAUAGGGAUGCAUCUGUUACUCAGCCACACCCCCCUUACCCAUGUCCCACUGCCCCGCCCUGUGAAGCCCCACCUCCGAUGUGAAAGAUGAACCUUUUAUGUUCCAUUUUUCUCCUUUUAAUAAUUUCUUCUUUUUUACUUGGUUUCCCUUCACACUUCCUUUAUCAGUUUGUAUAUUGUAUUUCUUAAAAGAUAAUUAUGGCCAAAAAAGUUGCCAGCAUUCAUUUUCUUGUGUAGUGAAAUGUUCAAAUCUUUUUUGUUUUUGGAUUGUAAUCAUUAAAGCAGUAUAUUGUUACAGUAUUA